AUGGGAAAAAGUCAUUUUAGCAAUGACAGUCAAAAUUUGGUGGAUGAUCAAAUGAAGCUGUUACAGCAUUCCUGGUCUGAUAUGCUAGUACUCGAUCAUCUGCAUCAAAGAAUACAUAAUGCGUUACCAGAUGAAACACUACUUAACAACGGUCAAGUAUUUAAUCUUCUUGGUCUGGGACUGCUUGGAGUGCCUCAGCUGGCUGAUUAUUUUAACGAACUACAAAAUAAAUUACAAGACCUGAAAUUUGAUAUGGGCGAUUAUGUAUGCAUGAAAUUCUUAAUACUGUUGAAUCCAGAUGUAAGAGGAAUUAUUAAUAAAAAGACGGUUUUGGAAGGACAUGAAAAUGUACAGGCAGCAUUAUUGGAUUACACUUUGACAUGCUAUCCAUCAGUAACGGAUAAAUUUAGGAGGCUGCUAAAUAUUCUUCCUGACAUACACGCAAUGGCAGCAAGAGGCGAAGAACAUUUAUACUCAAAACAUUGUGCCGGAAGUGCACCUACACAAACUUUACUAAUGGAAAUGUUGCAUGCAAAGCGAAAGGUGUAAAAUGUGCAGUUAUCAAAUAAGCAAAAAAAGUUAGAAUAUAAAAUUACUUUAGUUUCAUAUAUUAUUUUGUUUAAAUUAACAAAUAUCA